AUGUCAAAAGAAAUAGUAGAAGCUUUUCUAUAUGCAUCGUCUGCCAAGGAUUUAUGGGAUGAGCUUGCCCAGAGAUUUGGCGAAAGCAACGGUCCCUUGAUAUAUCAAAUCAAAAGAGAGAUAUGCUCUCUUAGCCAAGGUAAUAUGUCUCUCAUAAAUUACUUCACUAAGCUCAAAAAGCUUUGGGAUGAACUAGCUUGUCUCAAGCAAUUUCCAGUUUGUGAAUGUGAAGCCUCGAAGGAAAUUGCAGAAAUGGAAAAUAAUACAAAAUUGAUUCAGUUCCUUAUGGGAUUGAACCCAUCUUAUGACCAUAUUCGCAACCAAAUUCUGCUCAUGGACCCAUUCCCACCUGUCAACAAAGCCUACUCUAUGGCUUUGCAAGUUGAAAAACAGAGAGAGAUCAACACUUUUUCCCUUGACAGCACCGAAUCUUCCGUAGCCAUGUUGGCAAAAGGAUUGAGCUCCAAAAGAAUCCAUGAAGGCAACAAAAAUCAAAACAAAAGGAAGGAUGGAAUCAAGAAAGAGGAUAAAUACUGUCAGCAUUGUAAGACAACCGGCCACUUCUCGGAAAGCUGCUUUAAUGUCACACCUUACCCCUCUGACCCCUGGACUAGGAAGUUAUUGGCAAUUGGAAGGAUGGACAAGGGACUAUAUAAGCUUGUCACAAGCUCAUUCAACCAAGCUCGACAUCCCUCUGUGCUCACUACAUUUGAGGAACUAUGUCAACUUUCAAAUAAUUGUAGAGAUUCUGUCAAUGCAAUUUCAAGUCAUGUCAGUGACUCCUAUUUGUGGCAUCAAAGGCUCGGGCAUGCAUCUGAGUCUACAUUUUCUCAUAUUGCCAAAAUAAAAUUCAAUGGAAAUCAUUUUUCUUGUGAUAUAUGUCCAUUGGCUAAGCAACAAAGGUUGCCUUUUCCAAAAAGUACCAUCAACAGCUCAGCCAUUUUCCAACUAUUACAUCUCGAUCUAUGGGGUCCAUAUAAGAUCAAGUCCUUGCAAGGCGCAUCCUACUUCCUCACCAUCGUGGAUGACUAUAGCAGGUCAACCUGGACAUACUUACUAGCUGAUAAAUUUCAAGUUCCCUCCACCAUCACAACAUUCUUAAAAUUCAUCAAGAACCACUUUGAAGGCAUUGUGAAAAUCAUACGAACAGAUAAUGGGACUGAAUUUAUCAACCACGAAUGUGAACAAUUGUUUGUUCAAAAUGGUAUCUUACACCAAAGGACCUGCACAUACACCCCUCAACAGAACGGAGUCGUUGAAAGAAAGCAUAAACAUCUACUUCAAGUUGUGAGGGCCCUUCUAUUCCAAUCCAAUCUACCACAGAAGUUUUGGGGACAUACCAUCCUCCAUGCCACCUACAUCAUCAACAGACUGCCCACUGCAGUCCUCAAUUGGAAAAGCCCAUAUGAAGUUCUCCAUUCUCAACCACCAGAUUAUCAAAUACUGAGAACCUUCGAGUGCCUAUGUUAUGGCACUAACACAAAGCCAUCCAAAGCUAAGUUUGAGCCGCGAGCGAUCAAAAGCAUUUUCCUGGGGCAUGCUAUGGGCUAUAAAGCCUAUAAACUCAUGGACCUAGAAACUCAAACCAUAUAUAUGUCCAGAGACGUCAAGUUUCAUGAGCAUAUAUUCCCCUACAAAUCAAUCCACUAA